UUCUGCAUGUCUCCUCUUCUUGCCUGUUGCUCUGCUUCUGAUGCUGAGCCCGUGCCCUGUGGCUACAGCUUCAGCCAGAAGGUGUCACUCCAUCUAUAAGGGUUUUGCUCAGUGUCUAAUGGCUCUGGGCGACAGUCUUACAGACAGCGCCCGCAAGGACGAGGACACGCACGAGAUACACUCCAUCUGCAGGUCGUGGGACGAGUUCCAUGACUGUGCUAACGUGGCGAUGGCUGGCUGUCCAGAGGAAGCGGCAGCUGUGUGGGAGUCUCUCCGCCAAGAGUCCAAAAAGAUGCAGUUCUCUGGAAACCUCUACGACAUGUGCUCCAACCGAAACAGCCACCCAGUAGCCUCAGUCUCCCCACACGGUUCACCCGGCCAGGAAGAGAUUAACCAGGAGUCUCUAAGAGGGCGUGCGGAUCAUCUGGCAGGAUGCCUCCACUUUCUCAUGCUGCUGUCUCCUCUGCUGCUCUUGUUUUUUUGGAUAUAA